AACUACACCAGGAGCAUGAACUGCUCGCUAACAAAUUAAAACCAGUGGACUGAUAUGUGAAGUGCUACUUCAAAAAUGGGUCACAGACCAUCGGAAAUUGUGGGCUUUGAGGAGGAGGGCAGGCGGCCCUCAUACUGUAUGUCCACAGCACUCGAGCAGCAGUGCUUUGGCUCCUGCAGUAUAAUUGAUCAGACUGCUGGGUGUGAAUGGCUGCUCUUUAGCAGCCAAUGGCUGAACACCGGAUGCGAGAUAUCCGCUGCAACAACAAGCGCUCUGUUCCCCCCCUUCAGCUUGACGCCAUUUACAGCCCAAAUCCCGACCUCCCCUCCGGAAAGAGCAAAAAAAAAAAAAAAAAAUACACACACACACACACACGCGAGAAAAAGUACUUGCAAAACCCUCAGAGUCUUGCGGAUAAAACACACCGAUUUAAAACUACUUCAGGGGCCGGAGUUUUUUUUUGCCGCUUGUUUCUCUAUUUUUCCUUCUUCAUCUCCUUGUUGUAAAAGUCGCGAGGAAGUUUACACGGCGGUGAUUGAUUGAAGUUUUGUUUUCAUGCCUCGUGCUCUUGCGCAAAACAUGGGAUUUACGUCUUAGCGCUGCUUUUUUUCUUUUUUUUUGUAAUGAAAAUGCGCUGCGGUUGGGAACUUUCUCAAUGGAUUUUACCGACGGCUUUCCAGACUGAGUGGCUGCUGUAGGGAAUAAAACUCUCUCUCUCAAACUGGAUUUAUUUCACCUUGACGGGGGCUAAAGUGUCGAAAGCACGGACUUCAGAUGUGUCCCAUGCCAGCCAGAGUGGCCCUUCAGUCCCGAGAUGGAUUCCAGAAGUCAGAGCGACAGCGACGGGGGAGGAGGGAGCCAAGGGAGGUCACCGUCACCCACCGGCUCGCCGGAAGCGCCGCAUGACGAAGGGAGACCGCAACCACGGCCUCCACAAACCCACGAUGCUCCGGCAGAUCCUGGGUUGACCAACGGGCAGCCGCCGCAUUCUCUAGCAGUGCUAUCGCUGGAUCAGAUCAGGAUAACUGGAAGUAGUAAUGAAUAUACAGAAGGGCCCGCAGUGGCCCAAAAAUCUCCGCCCUCUGAGCAUAGGCAACAGAAGAGUGACUUGGUUAUGUCACCAGGUUCAAGGACCGGUGGGCAGCAGGAGACUCAGGAAGAGAGACCGAAUAAUCUUGGCAACCUGCCUGCAUUGACUCAGCAUGGGAACACAAAUAGUUCCAUCUCUUCCAGGGAUGGCGUGCUGCGAUCCUCCAGUGCAGAGGAUUCCCUGAGUAGCAUCAGGACCAGUGUGGGGAGCACUUCUUCAGGCCAGAGGCUCCUCAACAGCCCGACAGGCAGCAACCAGAUAAUCAGAACCCAGCCCAAACGCUCAGAACCCCACUCAGAAGAGCUGAAACCCCUGAACAGCGAGCCCAUGCGGGUGGUGGCCAUGCCGGGCAGUUCAUGCUCUAAAAAUCAAGGUAUACACUCCAACAAGUGUGAGGACUGUGGCAGGUGCUGUUGCUCGGAGUGCAGUCGCCCGAGGGCGCUUCCGUCUUGCUGGAUGUGCGGCCGUCGGUGCAUGUGCUCGGUGCAAAGUGCCGUGGAGUACGGGACGUGCGUGUGUUGCGUCAAGGGGCUUUUCUACCACUGCUCCAGCGACGACGAGGACACGUGCGCCGACAAGCCCUUCUCGUGCACGCAGCCGCACUGCUGCGUCCGCUGGACCACCGUGUCGCUCCUCUCCCUGCUCUUCCCCUGUCUCCUAUGCUACCUCCCGGCUAAAGGAUGCGUCGCCGUGUGCCAGAGCUGCUACGACCGAGUCACGCGACCCGGGUGUCGGUGUUAAAAUGCAGAAGGACGGAAAGACUGAACUGUAGAUGUGUAGUUGAUUAGCCAAUGAUGCUGUUGUGCUUGAGCUUUUGUGUUUACCACCUUGAUGCCUAUCAGAUCUGGGCCAGAGAGUGAAACCUCGCCUUGAAUUGUCAACUUUUACGCCUGGAUAUCUUCUAGUACAGGCACUGGAGGUGCGUCUGCACACCCUGGCAUUACGAGUUUCACUUCAAAGGUGAACCAAAAUAAGUGCUCCACAUGUUAAAAAAAGGUAUGAAGACAUAUUCAACUACUGUUUUGUGCUGAAAUACUUCACUCAAGUGCCCAGGUGUUGUUGCUAUGAGAGUCCAAAUGGAUGGAUCCAAUGGAUUUUUUUUUUUUUUAACAUUUAAUACAACUUAUAUGCUAAGAACAGACUCCUAUUACUAACUGUAUGUAAAGUAGUAAAUGCAAAGGGUAUGUACAUUAGAAAAUGAGUUUGACAGAUGUUUUAUUUUUGUACAUAUAAUAAUACUUCAACUGUGAAAAGUUUUCUGCCAUACAACAGGCACCUUGAUGAAUCCACGUUUCUAUGAAUCAGUCAGCUUCAGUCACGCCACAUUUGUACAUUCACUGGAAUGUAUGUCAAUCAUUUGUAUGUAAUUUACAAAGUCUUAUCCCUUCUUUAUUUGUAAAUUGUACAGUGACCUUAUAUGAAAAUUUUAUUUUCUAAUUCCAACGUUGCUUAGUGUAAAGUUAAAAAAACAGAAAACAAAAUCUAUAUUUAUUUGAAGGUUUAUUAUUUUAUAAUGAAAAAAUAUUUAUUUUGAGAAAGCAUUGUUCAAUGUGUCACCUCCUCCCGAGGGCGGUCCUGUAGCGGCUUUUUCUCGAGGUGACGUGUAGGAGUGUCAACGCUGGAUGAAUAGUUCACUAUGAAUUAGAAGACAAAUAUAUUAACGUUUGAAAUUAAACAACCUUGAAGUCUGA